AUUUCUUGAUGAAAUGACAUUCAAACCGAAUCUGUCGGUAUUUGUUAUGUUUUUAUUUUUAUUCGCACGCGAGUGUUGUAACUUCAGCGAAUAAUAAUUUUUUUAAACUUACCGCUUUCAAGCAAUUGUACUGAAUGAUGGAAAUAAAAACUCUUCAUUCAUUAGACACUGAAUACUCAGCUGAUUCGAUUGAAUGGUGUCCAAAUGAACAUUUCUUAACGUACUUUGUUUGUGGAACAUAUCAGCUGGAGGGCAAUACUUCGGAGUCAUCUUCGCCGCCUUGUCGGCGAAAAGGACGAAUUUAUUUGUUCCAAUUCAAAGCAAAAACAAAUGACUUUGUUGAAUUACAUCGAGUUGAAACAGCGGCUAUACUCGACAUGAAGUGGCUGCAACAAGAAAACUUAGAAUUUCCUAUUCUCGCUGCUGCAAAUGCACUUGGACAGAUUGAAGUUUUCACGUUAGAAAAAAAUCAAUUGAUACGAAAAUCUACCUUUGAUCUAAAUACAGAGUUUCAUAAUUUACUGGCAUUGUCUUUGGAUUGGGAUUGGAACAGUUCAUCGCAGCUGGUUGAUAAUCGAAAAAUACUUUCGUCGGACUCUAAAGGCGACAUCACACUAUUACAAUUUAACGAAAAUAGAUUAACAAAACUAAAUAGAUGGUCAGCACACAGUUUUGAAGCGUGGAUAUGUGCUUUCGACAAAUGGGACUUUAAUCGUGUGUUCACAGGUGGCGACGACACAUUUUUACAUGCUUUCGACAUCCGGGGGCCGAACAAAAUUUUAACAAACAAGUCGCAUAUUGCUGGUGUAACGUGUUUAUUGAGUCAUCCAAAACAGGAACAUAUACUUUUAACCGGAAGCUAUGAUGAACGUUUGAGAAUCUUUGACACACGGUCAAUGAAGCAACCAAUUUCCGAUAUUAACCUUGAAGGGGGUAUCUGGAGAUUGAAGCCUGAUCCGUACGACAGAAAUCUGAUUUUGGCGGCUUGUAUGUAUAAAAAUUUCAGUAUUGUUGAAUUACUAGAUGGAAGGAGCGAUAUGAAAUUGGUCGGCGAGUAUAACGAGCACGAAAGUAUAUGCUAUGGAGCUGAUUGGUGCAUGGACACUAACAAAGAAAACAAUGGUGAUCUUUAUAUGGCAACUUGCUCGUUUUAUGAUCAUAAGUUAUGCUUAUCGGAAUUAAUCGAGAAUAAAUAAAUAGUGUCACUUAUGCCAAGCUAAAUUUUAUGUUACAAUUUCACUACACUAUAAUUUUGUAUUUUAAUAAGGACUAGAAAUGUUUAAAGUUAAUUUUUACAACUUUCCCUUUAAUAGUAAUUGGUUUAUGAAUAAUUAUUUUUUGCUCAGGUAAGAAUACAAAAUUCAGUCUUUUGGUGAGUUUUUGCAAAUUAAAAAAAAAAUUUCCGAUUUCCAAAAGAAAUGUGUAUGUUAUUAUAACCUUAAGCAUUUACUUUUUAUAUUUAUAAAUAUAAUUUUACAUAAAAUACAUACUUAUAUAUAAUUUCAGUCGAUUACUUAUUACGAUAAGCAGCUAGUCGAGCUCAAAAGUGAAUUCUAUUUUAUGAACACAUUUGUGAAUGGUAGGUUUAUAAUUUAAAAUAUUUAUUUUAUUUAAUAAUACCAAUAAUUCUAUUGUAACCAGGAAGACACUUCGUUGCCCGAGAAAAUUAUUGUCGUAUGUAGCAUUUCGUAAUGUUAGGGAAAUCGCAAUCAAAGUUUAAAAAAUCAUAUGUUUGAAACGGCUAAGUAGAAUUGUUUCAAAUUUGAACCAUUUGUUCAGAACGAAUUAAGUUUUAGUGGGUUUGGAACAAAAAACUAAAAUAAAACCAAACAUUUUUUGAACAUGAAACAUAAACUCCAUUUUUAUUUUCUUGUAAACAAAUAAACUUAACAAAACAUUAACAAAACAAAAUAGGAACUUAAGAAAUAAAUCACAAAUUCAUUAAAAAAAGAAAAAAAUAAUAAUCUUCAUAAAAAAAUAAAUAAAUUCUUAUUCUUAAAAUGAUAUUAAUUAAAAAUAUUGAUAAAAUACAUAGAACAAAUUAAAACGGUGCUUAUAACUUAAAAAUUGCUAAUAAGCUUUGUCUUCAUCAGGAAGAUAUGGAAUCAUACUUUUAAUGUCUGCUCUCUUUUUUAUAUCUAUUGCUUUCGCUGAAGCGCUUCGCAGUUCUUUUUGCCAAAUGAGAUCAUUAUUUACUACAUUUUGAGCAGAUUUUUUACCUUUUGUUUUUUUUUUAUUAAACUGUUAUAAGUAUAAACAGUUUCAUUAAAAGAAAAUUUGCACCCAAGCUGAGUUUUAAGUCACAAUACUUACGCAAUAAGUUCUGUUGGUAAUUCCGGCGGAGACAAAAUUAAUUGUCGUAUGUGCAGGACUUUUAACUAUAAUUAACAUAUGUGCAAAAAUUAAACACAUACGACAAAAUAAAUACCCAAACGCAUUCGACCUUGCACAUACGACAAAAUUAAUACAAAUUAUCUCUGUAAUAGAUAUUAAAACGCGGAAAACAGCAUUUGAAAGAUUAUUUUUUGUUUGUCCAACCGCAUCAAAACCUGAAAAUCGCAUUUUUUCACAUACGACAAUAAUUUUCUCAGACGACGACUUUAAAGAACUCCAAGUCAGUUUCCACUUUGCAAACUAUUAAAAACCAACGCAAAACUUGCAAUAAACUAUUAUACCGGUUUUAAAAGUCAGAAAUCUGUUAUUUUAUGUUAAAUGCAAAUCAAAUUGUUUAUGCCAAAAGAUUUUGAAAAAUUAGCAUACAUAAUCCCAAUUUUGAUAAAGAAAAUUAAAAAUUUAAGUUCACUUCGACUA